AUGUCAUCGUCUUCAACGCCAUCCUUGCUAUCUGAGUAUCCGUCCAGACGAGUGAGACGAAAUCCCUCCAUGUUGGCAUUGAAUCAGCAUUCUCGAAAUGCCCUUUCUCGCAUGCUCAAACACAGAACCUACAAAGAGGAGUUACAGGCUUUCUAUGAACGACAAUCGGAAGGGAUGCCCUCUAUCCCCAACUACCUCAUGAACACCGUCUAUGCUGAACUCGUCAAGCAACAAUGGCUCAUCUAUACAAAGAUCUGUAACCCCAACAAGCUAGUAGCAAAAUCCACACAUGCCGAAUCAGACAGCAGCAGCCAUCAAAGCAGCAGCUCAGCAUUGCCUCCUCCACCUCGACCACCUCUUCCUCCUACUCGAUUGCACCGAACUUACACUACACUUGAUUUAUCGCAGCAGGUGGCAUCGCCAGACGACGAUGACGAGGACAUGGAUCAUGUCAACAUGAUCAUUGAGUCAUUGAUAAGCGAUGGUGUCUCUGCUUCAAGCUCUGCCACCAUGAAUGCGAAUCUCAAAAAGACACCGUCUGCGCAAGAGUUUCAGGAUUUGCAGAAUUUAAUCAAUGGAGAUUCAUUCAAAUUAUCGUUAGUGAUGCAAGAUUUACGAUUGCCAUCUGCUUGGGAUUUGAAGGCCAAGGGCGAAAACAUUGACAUUAGUAGAGAUUAUAUGCAACUCACCUACAGAGGAAAUGGAAAGGACGAGAGCGACGUGGCAUCAGUGCGAGCGAAUUAUGCAAUGAGAAAGCAGUGCGGUAUCUAUUACUUUGAGAUCAAGGUUAUCUCGAAAGGCGUGGAUGGACACAUUGGCAUCGGAUUUUGCAGACGCAUCAAUAGCUUGGACAGAUUUCCUGGUUGGGAAGAGCAUUCAUGGGGCUAUCAUGGCGAGAACGGACAUGUGUUUUCUGGCCCAGGCACCGAGAAAGCAUACGGACCCAAAUACGGCACUGGAGACAUUAUAGGAUGUGGCAUCGAUUUCAGAGACAUGUCUGCAUUCUACACAAAAAACGGCAUUUACCUGGGUUCCGCUUUCAAGAAGGUAAAGGACACAGAGCUCUUCCCUUUUGUUGGUUUCAAGACUCCAGGCGAGAAAAUUGAGGCCAAUUUCGGCGCCAAGCCCUUCAAAUUUGACAUAUAUCAGCUGCUGGCAAACGAAAAACGAGGAUUAUUAGGGCGCAUUGCAUUGAAACCAGCAUUGACAUCAUCUCGAUUCAAGAUUGUCAACAACUCCUUGGCCAACAACCUAGCUGAUAAUGUGGUAAUGGAGUAUUUGAAGCACAAUGGAUACCACAAAGCAGCGACAUCACUGCAGGCUUCCAUCAUUCAAAAGGGGAAUUUGCCGUCUGUAGAGGCAUCAAAUUUAGAGUUGGAUCUAGAGGCAACACACAGACAAGAAAUCCGUAAAGCUAUCUUUGAUGGUGACAUUGAUCAUGUAUUCAAGCUAUGUGAUGAAUUAUAUCCCAACGUAUUGGAGAACAACCCCAUGAUUCUAUUCAAGCUGAAAUGUCGCAAGUUUAUAGAGAUGAUCAGACAAGCACAUGAGCAAGCAGAUCAUGCUCACCGAGACAAAGUGCCAAUCGAUGCCAUGGACUACGAUGCCGCGCUUUCUGAAGAAGAGGCACAAAGCUUACAGGUGUCGGAAAACAUGCCUUCCAUCUCCAUCAAACGAGCCACAAGUUUAGCCUCUUUGGACUCGGAGCACAAGAGGAAGAAGCAAAAAAUUGCCAGAGAGGAUUUAUCCACGUUUGUUGACGGAUUAGCUUAUGGUAUCGAAUUAAAAAAUGCGUACAAGGAGGAGGCCAAGUCAAAUAGGGCCAUGGCAAUAGAAUUAGAGUCUGCAUCGUCUAUAUUAGCCUACACAGAUUUGACACAUCCCAAAGUAGCGCCCUUGUUUGAAACAAGACGGAUCGAGACAGUGGCUUCAGAGCUGAAUUCUGCCAUUUUGGUUUCUCUUGGAAAAUACCCCAAUUCUUCGCUGGAACGCAUUUACCGUCAAACAAGCGCCACCAUCGAAGAGCUAGUGUUAUCAGGAAAUGCCAAAGCUGCCUUACUUCAACCAGAGCGAGAUUGCUUUGAGUUUUUAAAUGGGUAA